CUGCCCACCUGCCCCUGCUGCCUCUCCUGCCCCUGACCGCCUGCCCCUCCUGCCAUUCCUGCCCCCCUGCCCCUGACCGCCUGUCCGGGCCCCCCUGCCCACCUGCACCUCCUGUCCCUCCUGCCCCUUCCCACCGGCUCCUCCUGCCCAUCUGCCCCUCCGGCCCCUGCCCCCCCUGCCCGGCCCCGCCUCCCCCACGGGCGCCGCCCCAGCCUGAGCCCCGUCAGUCCGUCCGUCGGUCCGGCUGCUCUGGACGCCCCGCGGACACACAUGGCGGAGGCGGAGGCGGAGGCGGAGGCGGGGCCGCGGCUGGAGCGGCGCCAAGUUCUGCCCUGGGACUCGGACUCGGACUCGGACGCGGACGCCGGCCCCCAGCCCCCGGCCCGCGCCCCCCGCCCGCCCGCGGCCCGGCCCUUCCGCCUGCGCGGCGCCAGCCUCACCUUCUCCCGGCGCAGCCGCCGCAUCUUCGACGGCCUGGAGGGGGCGGCGCGGCGGACCCCGGGCACGACCGACCCCGGCCCCGGCCCCCGGGCGCCCCCCGUCCCCGACUACGUGGCCCACCCCGAGCGCUGGACCCGGUACAGCCUGGACGCCUCGGCCCGGGCCCGGGAGCCGCCCCCGCCCGCCGCCCCGGCCCAGGACACCGCGGGCGCGGGCCGGGUGCGGUUCCGGCCGGGCGCGGGGCCGCGGAGGAAGCCGGGCGGGGGGCGGGCGGGCGGGGCGGCUGUGCGGCUGCCCCACCUGUCUGGCCCCGAACCCGAGGAGGCGGGCGCGCAGGGCAGCGAGGGCAGCGAGGCCGCCGGGACCACCGGGACCGCCGAGACCGUCGAGACCACCGGGGCCGCCCAGACCACCGGGACCGUCCAGACCACCGGGACCGUCCAGACCACCGGGGCCGCCCAGACCACCGGGACCGCCGGGGCCGUCCAGACUACCGGGGCCGCCCAGACCACCGGGACCGCCGGGACCGUCCAGACCACCGGGGCCGCCCAGACCACCGGGACCGCCGGGGCCGUCCAGACUACCGGGGCCGCCCAGACCACCGGGACCGCCGGGACCGUCCAGACCACCGGGGCCGCCCAGACCACCGGGACUGGCGGCUCCCACUUCCGCGGCGGCAGGAAGCGCAGCAGGGAGCACCUGCGACACCAGAGCGACGCGGGGGACUGAGGCCGCGGGCGGGGGGCAGUAAAGGCCUGUGGACCCUGCGUGUGCGUU